AUGGUGAGCUGGUCGAGCAAGCAGAUGGAGUCGGAGAUCAGCCCGACCCAUCCUCUAGCGAAGCGGAGCUUCGAGUUUUGGUCGAGGCCCUCGCCGGCGCGGAGGAUGAUGUCGAUGAUGUCGAGGGUUUCUAGUUCACAGACGAUGCCCGACAUCUCGCAGACCUUGGUGCCAACCCACGCAGAGGAGAUGGCGCCGCCCAUGGAUUCCCGGAGGGCCGUUAUUGCUGCAAGGUCACUGGAGGCAUUGAUGAAAACAUCUCGGAGGAUAAGUGAUGUCUUUCCAUCUGGACCUGGAUUGCUUGGAGAAUUUAAAGGAUGUAAAGGAGAGUCCUCCUUCAAAGAGUUGGAAGCCACUGUGUCAGUUCUAUUCUCAGUGAUAGGAUCUGUUGAAAAAGGGACAACUUGGUUCCUAGCCAUAAGACUACUAGGAGAAUUAUGA